UCGUACAUGCACGGAUCUGUCGUGAAAGCCGGUCAGUUUUGUGUCUAACGAUAACAGAAGCAUUGCAUUUCGUUCGUGAAAAAUUGCUGCCCGUAAAUAGACGCGUCAAUAUCGGAUCUAGGCAUCUGUGUACACUAGCCGGUUUAAUUGACAAUUUUACAGAAAAAAAGAAAUUUUCUUCGGCGAAAAUCAGUCGGUGCACGUUAUAGGUACGAUAAUAUCAAGUAAAUAAACAUCGAAAGAGAAAAAUGUCAGUCUCAGAGGUGGAUCACGAGAAAAGGAAGCAAAUCUCUGUGCGUGGAAUCGUUGAUGUGGAAAAUGUCGGGAAUUUUAAGAAAACUUUUAACAGACAUCUACACUACACACUGGUGAAAGAUCGUAAUGUGGCCACGAGCAGGGAUUAUUUUUCCGCCUUGGCACACAGCGUCAAGGACAACUUAGUAUCAAGAUGGAUACGUACUCAGCAAUAUUAUUAUGAAAAAGACCCCAAGAGGGUAUACUAUCUUUCUUUGGAGUACUACAUGGGAAGAAGCCUUCAAAAUACUAUGAUUAAUUUAGGUAUUCAAGGUGCUUGCGAUGAAGCAAUGUAUCAGAUGGGCUUAGAUAUAGAAGAACUUGAGGAACUUGAGGAAGAUGCUGGUCUUGGAAAUGGAGGUUUGGGAAGACUUGCAGCAUGUUUCUUGGAUAGCAUGGCUACCCUUGGUUUGGCAGCCUAUGGAUAUGGUAUUCGAUACGAGUAUGGAAUAUUUGCACAAAAAAUUAAGAAUGGAGAACAAGUAGAGGAACCAGACGAUUGGUUACGGUAUGGAAACCCAUGGGAAAAAGCUAGACCAGAGUUCAUGCUUCCAGUGAACUUUUAUGGACAAGUUAUCGAUACACCAGAGGGAAAGAAAUGGGUGAACACACAGGUAAUAUUUGCAAUGCCCUAUGACAACCCAAUUCCUGGAUAUAAAAAUAACGUGGUAAAUACUUUGAGACUGUGGUCUGCUAAAUCACCAGUAGAAUUCAAUCUACAAUUUUUCAAUAAUGGUGACUAUAUUCAAGCUGUGAUCGAUCGUGACUUAGCCGAGAACAUUACCAGAGUACUGUAUCCAAAUGACAACUUCUUUGAGGGGAAAGAGUUGCGAUUGAAACAGGAAUACUUUAUGGUUGCUGCAACUCUUCAAGAUAUAAUACGCAGAUAUAAAGCUAGCAAAUUUGGUUCAAAGGAACAUCAUAGAACAGACUUUGACUUAUUCCCUGACAAGGUUGCCAUCCAGCUAAACGAUACUCAUCCUUCUUUGGCAAUUCCUGAACUUAUGAGAAUUCUUAUUGACGUCGAAGGACUUCCUUGGGAGAAGGCUUGGGACAUCACGAAAAGAACCUGUGCCUAUACCAAUCACACGGUGCUUCCAGAGGCCCUGGAACGAUGGCCCACGAACAUGCUGGAAAGCAUUCUCCCUCGACAUUUAGAAAUCAUCUACCACAUCAAUUUCCUUCACCUGCAGAAUGUAUCUGCUAAAUAUCCUGGCGAUGUUGAUCGUCUUCGUCGUAUGUCUUUGAUCGAAGAAGAGGGUGAGAAGAGAGUUAACAUGGCACACCUUUCCAUCGUUGGUAGUCAUGCCAUCAAUGGUGUCGCAGCAUUACAUUCAGAAAUUUUGAAAAACAGCGUUUUCAAAGAUUUUUGCGAUAUGAAUCCCGAGAAAUUCCAAAACAAGACCAAUGGUAUCACCCCAAGGAGAUGGCUUCUUCUAUGCAAUCCAAAUCUGUCUGACGUUAUCGAAGAAAAAAUUGGCGUCGAAUGGACAGUGCAUUUAGAGCAAUUGGCACAGCUGAAACAAUGGGCUAAAGAUCCGGUUUUUCAACGGAGUGUCAUAAAAGUAAAACAAGAAAACAAACUAAAAGUAGCACAGUUGCUUGAAAAAGAUUAUGGUGUUAAAGUGAACCCUGCCUCCAUUUUUGAUAUUCAGGUGAAGCGAAUACACGAAUACAAGAGACAACUGUUGAACUGUCUGCAUGUGAUUACUCUGUUCAACAGAAUAAAGAAAAAUCCAACUACGCCAUUUGUUCCGCGAACAGUGAUAAUCGGUGGAAAAGCAGCACCGGGCUAUCAUUUGGCAAAGAAAAUUAUAAAAUUGAUUUGCAGCGUAGGAAAUGUUAUAAACAAUGAUCCGAUUGUUGGUGACAAAUUAAAGUUUAUCUUCUUAGAAAAUUAUAGAGUCACCUUAGCCGAGAAGAUCAUUCCAGCCGCGGACUUGAGCGAACAGAUUUCAACUGCUGGUACCGAAGCUUCCGGUACGGGAAAUAUGAAAUUCAUGUUGAACGGAGGCUUAACAAUUGGCACACUAGACGGUGCCAACGUAGAAAUGGCCGAAGAAAUGGGCGAAGAAAAUAUAUUCAUUUUUGGUAUGACUGUCGAUCAAGUGGAAGAGUUACAGAAGAAGGGAUACAAUGCUCACAAUUACUAUAAUAGAAUCCCAGAAUUGAAACAAUGCAUUGAUCAGAUUCAGGGUGGCUUCUUUAGUCCUAAUAAUCCAGACGAGUUCAAAGACAUUACUAAUGUUCUGCUUAACUGGGAUAGAUUCUAUUUGUUUGCCGAUUAUGAGAGCUAUAUUCAAACGCAGGAUCGUGUCAGUAAAGUUUAUCAGGAUGAAAACAAAUGGGUGGAAAUGGCAAUUAACAAUAUAGCUUCGUCAGGAAAAUUCUCAUCAGAUCGUACAAUCGCAGAAUAUGCUCGUGAAAUUUGGGGUGUCGAACCAUCCUGGCAGCGACUUCCUGCGCCCCACGAACCGAGAGACAUUUAAAUUAUACUUUACUUCUUUUUUUAGCCAAUUUAUGUUUGCGCUUAUUACGCAUAUUAAAGGUCGUAAAAUUUUUUUUUUUCUCCUUUAAAUAGACAAAGAAAAAUUAUUUUUAGAUAGGGGUGAGUAAUUUUACAACUAAAGCUGCAAAGAAGUAAAAUUUUACUAAAAUACAGUGCAGAGAAAUCUUAAGAUAUAAAACAAUUUUAACUUGUUAGGUAAUUUGAGAUUGUAUAAGUUUUAGAAUACCAUUUAUUAUUUUUUUAUUAUUUUUGUUCGCCAACGACUGAAAAUUAUUCAUAUUUGCUUAAAGAAAAAGCAUAUACAUAUACUGCCUGAAUCUUGUUAACAAUUUUAUUAAUACCCAUCGACUGAUCAUCGAACGAGAAAGAAAGUUGAAUUGAAAAACAAAUUUCUCGUAUUCCUACAUUUUAACCGAAGAUAAAAUAUAUUGUUACCAAAUUCAAUUUUCUUUCAAACAAAAAUAACGUAAAAGCAAUCUAGUCGAGAAGAAAAAUAGUUAACAGAAAAGUAUCAAAAAUUAAUUCACUCGUAUUUUUCUACUUGUAAAUAGAAUGCCUACGAUAAAUUUGGAGAAGAUGAAACAUCCAUUGAUUGUUAACUAACUCUGACCUUGAUCCCGAAUGAUACUCGAGAAAAACUAUGCUAUUUAUCUUGAAUUUUAAACCCUCCAUUAUAAUAUUACUAUGAAUAUUUAAUUGUAUAUUUCAUAAUGCUUAUGUUAUACGAAAAUCUACUAGUAUUGUAAAUAAACUAGUAUUGAAAAAUAAAUAUACUUGUUUUUAUCGAA